CGCAGGCGCAUCGCGAGCCUCUUCCAACGGCCGCUGAGCGCAACUAUCGGGAGAGCGAGUGUGGGGGGGGGACAGAUAAACUAGCAAGCCACAACAAUAAUAAUAACAACAACAAUAAAGUGACGCAGAGCGCGGAAAGUGCGCCGACUCCCCCUCCCCCGAGCGCGCAGCUCGCCUUAGUGGAAGAGGCCAGGCCGCUGGGGAGCGAGGAGGGGCAGCCGGCUGGGGUGUCUGCCGCUGCUGCCAUCUGACACUGUGCGCCUCUCCAUGUCACCGGGAAGACGUGACGCGCGGGCGAUCUGCUGCUGGACAUACCCCCCACGGUGCGGCCUCUCUCCUCAUUCGGGAGCCGUAAAGCGUGUCAGGUACUGGGAUUGGGGUAACUAGCACCCCCCAAUAUAAACGCCCUGCCCGGGCCCAGUCUCUCCAGGCCAGCCUGCCGCCCCCUGCCUGUCCUGGCUGUAUGUAUACACACAGCUGUCAUAUAUGUACAGACAGCUGUCACGUCCUAGCGGUGUCCAUGAGCCGCCCCCCUCCUCCUCCAAUUCCCCAGGGGGUGCUCCGUGUACCUGCUCCCUUCACACGUUACCCCAAACACAUGGACCGAUUGCUGCCUUGAUACCGGCUCCAGCUGCCUCCAAAGGAAAGUGGGUCUGAUCAGGGGAAGGGGGGCUUUUUACACCUUGACUUCAGGACCAAGCCUCGACCUUCCUUGUGGCCCCCAAAAGCAGGGAUACAUUAUCCAAGCCCCCCAAACUUCCCAAGGCUAAGUCAUGCAGGCACCCCAGUUUCAGUACGAUUUCUUCUGCGAGGAAAAUGCUCCUAAAUGGAGGGGACUGCUGGUAGCUUCCCUUCAGAAGGUUCAAGUUCAAGUCCACCCUAACCUCUCAUCAGCAGAGGACGCUCUCCAGUACGUUGAAGAGUUAAUUCUGCAGCUGCUCAGCAUGCUCUGCCAAGCACAGCCCCGCAGUGUCCUGGAUGUAGAGGAGCGUGUUCAGAAAACCUUCCCUCAUCCCAUCGAUAAGUGGGCAAUUGCAGAUGCUCAAUCUGCUAUUGAAAAGAAAAAAAGGAGAAAUCCUUUAUCGCUCCCUGUAGAUAAAAUCCAUCCUUUAUUAAAGGAGAUCUUAGGUUAUAAAAUUGACCAUCAAGUAUCUGUUUACAUAGUAGCAGUAUUAGAAUACAUUUCUGCAGAUAUUUUAAAACUUGCUGGGAAUUAUGUACGGAAUAUACGACAUUAUGAGAUUACAAAGCAAGACAUAAAAGUUGCCAUGUGUGUUGAUAAGGUGUUGAUGGACAUGUUCCAUCAAGAUGAAGAAGACAUAAGUGUCCUGUCUUUAGCUGAGGAGGAGCCCUCUACUUUGGGGGAGCAAAUGUACUAUGACCUCGUGAAGUCAUUUAUGGCAGAGGUUAGACAGUACAUAAGGGAACUGAAUCUCAUCAUUAAAGUGUUCCGGGAGCCUUUUUCCUCCAAUACAAAAUUAUUUUCAGCUCAUGAUGUAGAAAAUAUAUUUAGUCGAAUCAUUGAUAUCCAUGAACUUAGUGUGAAGCUUCUCGGCCUUAUUGAAGACUCAGUGGAAAUGACAGAUGAAGGCAGACCUCACCCGUUGGUAGGAAACUGCUUUGAGGAUUUAGCAGAGGAGCUUGCCUUUGACCCUUAUGAGUCUUACGCUCAGGAUAUCUUGCGGCCAGGAUUUCAUGAUCAUUUCCUUGGUCAGCUUUCGAAGCCUGGUGCUGCCCUCUAUCUUCAGUCCAUAGGUGAAGGUUUUAAAGAAGCUGUGCAGUAUGUUCUGCCUCGACUCCUCCUUGCUCCUGUUUACUAUUGCCUGCACUACUUUGAAUUCAUAAAGCAAUUAGAAGAGAAAAGUGAAGAUGAUGAAGACAAAGAAUGUUUAAAGCAGUCAAUAACUGCCUUACUUAACCUUCAGAGCAGUAUGGAAAGAAUCUGCUCAAAAAGCCUUGCAAAAAGGCGUCUGAGUGAAUCUGCAUGUCGAUUUUACAGUCAACAAAUGAAGGGAAAGCAGUUGGCCAUUAAGAAAAUGAAUGAGAUUCAAAAGAACAUUGAUGGCUGGGAAGGUAAAGACAUUGGACAGUGUUGCAAUGAGUUCAUCAUGGAGGGUGCCUUGACACGGGUUGGAGCAAAGCAUGAGAGACAUAUAUUCCUUUUCGAUGGAUUAAUGAUCUGUUGUAAAUCAAAUCAUGGACAACCAAGGCUACCAGGUGCCAGCAAUGCAGAAUAUCGUUUAAAGGAGAAAUUCUUUAUGCGAAAGGUACAAAUCAACGAUAAGGAUGACACUAAUGAGUACAGACAUGCCUUUGAAAUAAUUUUAAAAGAUGAGAACAGUGUUAUUUUUGCUGCUAAAUCAGCAGAAGAAAAAAACAAUUGGAUGGCUGCCUUAAUAUCCCUGCAGUACCGGAGUACCUUAGAACGAAUGUUGGAUGUUACGAUGUUACAGGAGGAGAAGGAAGAGCAGAUGAGACUCCCAAGUCCAAAGCUUUACAGGUUUACAGAGCCUGAUUCUGAAGAGAACAUUGUAUUUGAGGAGAAUGUACAACCCAAGUCUGGUAUCCCGAUCAUCAAAGCUGGGACUGUAGUGAAACUCAUCGAGAGAUUAACUUAUCACAUGUAUGCAGAUCCCAACUUUGUUAGAACAUUUCUCACAACAUAUAGAUCUUUCUGCAAGCCCCAGGAACUUCUAAGCCUUCUUAUAGAAAGGUUUGAAAUACCCGAGCCUGAACCUAGUGAAGCAGACAAGAUCGCUAUGGAGAAUGGGGACCAACCUCUUAGUGCAGAGUUGAAAAGAUUCAGAAAGGAAUAUGUACAACCUGUUCAGCUACGGGUAUUAAAUGUCUGUCGUCACUGGGUAGAACAUCAUUUCUAUGAUUUCGAAAGAGACCCAGAUCUGUUACUACGACUCGAAGAUUUUAUUGGGACAGUUAGAGGUAAAGCUAUGAAAAAAUGGGUGGAAUCCAUCACGAAAAUAAUUCAACGCAAAAAACAAGCUCAAGCCAAUGGACCUAGCCACAAUAUAACCUUUGAAAGCCUGCCACCUGCCAUUGAAUGGCACAUCAGCAGACAUGGCCAGAUGGAGACUUUUGAUCUACUUACAUUGCAUCCCAUAGAGAUCGCCCGGCAGCUGACUUUGCUUGAGUCAGAAUUAUACAGGGCUGUACAGUCAUCUGAACUUGUUGGAAGUGUGUGGACUAAAGAAGAUAAAGAAAUCAAUUCUCCCAACCUCCUUAAGAUGAUCAGGCACACAACUAAUCUUACUUUGUGGUUUGAAAAGUGCAUUGUAGAAACUGAAAAUCUUGAAGAACGAGUUAUAGUUGUGAGCCGAAUCAUUGAAAUUCUCCAGGUGUUUCAAGAGCUAAAUAACUUUAAUGGUGUUCUCGAGGUUGUAAGUGCCAUGAACUCGUCGCCCAUUUACAGACUGGACAACACGUUUGAACAAGUUCCAAGUCGUCAGAGGAAGAUUUUAGAGGAAGCUCAUGAACUGAGUGAAGAUCAUCAGAAGAAAUAUUUAGCUAAACUCAGGUCAAUUAAUCCACCAUGUGUGCCUUUCUGUGGGAUUUAUUUAACAAAUAUUUUGAAGACUGAAGAGGGCAAUCCUGAUUUUCUUAAAAGACAUGGGAAGGAACUGGUUAACUUCAGUAAGAGGAGGAAAGUGGCUGAAAUCACUGGCGAGAUACAGCAGUAUCAGAACCAGCCAUAUUGUUUACAAGUUGAACCUGAUAUUAGAAGAUUCUUUGAAAAUCUGAACCCCAUGGGAAAUGUUGCAGAAAAAGAAUUUGAAGACUAUUUGUUUAAGAAGUCCUUGGAAAUCGAACCACGAAAUGCAAAGACUCUGCCAAGAUUUCCAAAAAAAUAUAAUUAUCCCCUCAAGUCUCCUGGGGUACGUCCAUCAAACCCACGACCAGGUACAAUGCGACACCCAACUCCCUUGCAACAAGAGCCAAGAAAAAUCAGCUACAGCCGCAUACCUGAGAGUGAAAUUGAAUGUGCAGCAUCUGCACCUAACUCUCCUCGGACACCUUUAACACCACCCCCUCCUUCUGCAGCAUCCAGCACCACUGACGUGUGUAGUGUCUUCGAUUCAGAUAUCUCCAGUCCCUUUCAUUCACGCUCUGCUUCAAUAUCGUCAAUAAGUUUUAGUAAAAACUCAGAAGAAAUACAAGUUCCACCACCUGUUCCUCCUCGAAGGCGACCAGAGUCUGCUCCUACAGAGUCAUCCCCAUCGAAGAUUGUGUCUAAACAUUUGGAGAGCCCCCCUGCAAUCCCACCACGUCAACCAACAUCUAAAGUAUACUCUCCACGGUACCAGAUGUCAGACCGCGUAUCAGUCUCUGAUCCACCAGACAGCCCUCCACUUUUACCACCACGGGAACCAGUGCGUACACCAGAUGUCUUUUCUAGUUCUCCUCUACACCUUCAACCACCUCCUCCUGGACGAAAAAGUGAACACCCGAAUACAUUUUUCCCAUAUAGCCCCUCACCAUUUACCCCAGCUCCUCCACAGACUCCAUCCCCUCAUGGGACAAGAAGGCACCUGCCAUCUCCACCUUUAUUAGUGCAAGAUCUCGAACUCUCUUCCACCACUGGGCCACCUGUCCCACCAAGACAAAGCACCUCUCAGCCUAUCCCAAAGCUGCCACCAAAAACUUAUAAGAGGGAGCCUCCCCACCCAUCAAUUCACAGAGAUGGCCCUCCACUGUUGGAAAACACAAACUCUUUGUAAUACAAAUAGUGUAUUGUAAACACUAAAUGGAAAAAGAAAAAACUUUUCUUUGGAAACAAAACAUUCACAGAAGGAAUAAACUGUAUACUGAAAAUGAUUCAAUGAACUUAUGCUGAACAUAACAAAGGGGGACAGCCCAUCUUAUUCAAAUUCCUUUUGGAUCCAUAUUGCACCACAAAGAAAUCAAUAAAUAAAAAAAUAGACUUGA